GUUACAGAAUGUCCGAAGGUGACAGUGUUGGAGAUUCUGUCAAUGGGAAGCCUUCUGUGGUGUGCAGAUUUUCCACAAGACUUGGACAGAUCUAUCAGUCCUGGCUAGACAAGUCCACGCCUUACACAGCCGUGCAGUGGGUGGUGAAACUGGGCCUGAGCUUUGUCUAUAUGAUUCGAGUUUACCUCCUGCAGAGCUGGUACAUCAUGACCUAUGCCUUGGGGAUCUACCACCUCAAUCUUUUCAUAGCCUUUCUCUCGCCCAAAGUGGACCCUUCCUUGAUGGAGGACUCAGAUGACGGCCCCUCAUUACCAACCAAACAGAACGAGGAGUUCCAGCCCUUUAUUCGAAGGCUUCCAGAGUUUAAAUUUUGGCAUGCGGCAACCAAGGGCAUCCUCGUGGCCAUGGCCUGCACCUUCUUUGAGGCUUUCAAUGUCCCGGUGUUCUGGCCCAUCCUGGUGAUGUACUUCAUCAUGCUUUUCUGUAUCACCAUGAAGAGGCAAAUAAAGCACAUGAUAAAGUACCGGUACAUCCCGUUCACGCAUGGCAAGAGGACGUACAAGGGGAAGGAGGACGCAGGCAAGACGUUUGCGAGCUAGCUGCUCAGCCGGACCCACCACAGAGUCGAGGAUGGUUCUGAGCCAUUGUAACAA